AUGCAGCUCACGAUUGAGAAUGGCACCUGCAUAGUCAAUGGCACAAUUUGGGGCACUCCAUGUCAGGAUUACAACGGCACUGUUAACAUCACUUUGAACGACGUGAACACCCAAAAAGUAUUAUGGACGUUUUUGACUUUCAAUAGAUCCAUCUCCGUUGUAACAACGUUUUUUGUGCCAUACUGCAACUUCUCACAACCUUCACCAGAUGAAGUUGACCUGAGGACGUCGUUCCCGCUGUCACGAUUUGUCAAAGGCCACCAGUUCUUCUCAGUUGAUUUUGCAGUUGGCGGAGCAGAAAGCGACGGCGUGGCUGCACUGGUUCUUAAUGCGACAACAGAGAUGCAGCUCACGAUUGAAGACGGCCAAUGCAUGGUCAAUGGCACAAUUUGGGGCACUCCAUGUCAGGAUUACAACGAUGACUUGGUGAAAAACGAAACGGCUAACCUGAGGAUUUUUCAUGCAAAUUUCACAUUACUACCGAAUGUCCAACAGGAAGUACUUACGUGGAAAGGGGACAAAACCCGUCUGUCGGUGACCGUCGACUAUACGCAAAGUGGAAUAUCACCGGAAGUGGCCGAAUGCGACAGUAAGUUGAAGUGA